AUGUAAGAUAUAUUGAUACUAAUCAAUUAGUUUAAUUUACAUCUUUACGCUAAGUUGAAAUUUUUGUUCAAUAGUAAAUAAAUCGUGAUAAUAAUUUUAAGCGUUCGUGCUUAAAGUAUGGAACAUUAUUUGGAGUUAUUUUAGCAGCCUUUUGUUUUUACAAAAAUUAAGAAGAAAAUUUUAGUGGAAAAUAUCUAUUUAAUGCUUUUGCUUUAUCUGCUAUUGGUGGAGGUGCAAGCUGUUAUACAUUUUCAGGAAUUUUGUCUAAGAUUGUUUAAGACAAAGACACAAAUAUUGAUUUCUCUUAAUUCUAGUUAUAUUUUAAAUAACAUUCACAAGAUCUUUACAAGUUAACAAAAAUUUUAGAGUAAUGAUUCAAUUUUAUAUACCAUCAAUACUUUUGAAUAAUUGAAUUAAAUAUUUAUUGCUAUUUAUAAUCUAUAUAAAAUAUUUACCUUUAAUAUAAAUAAAAUUAAUAUCAAUCAUUGCUAAAUCAAGCUAAAUUUAAAGCAAGUAUAAAAAUAACUAAAUAGUAUUUAAAAGAUUGCUCAUAAAUAUAUUUUAUGUAACUAUUAUUUGUAAUUUAAAGACAUAAUUAAAAACUGA